UCCCAGAUUGGCCACCAGAGGGCAGCACGGCACCGAUAAGUAAAAGCUCUGGAUAAACAACGACCGGGUACACCCAGCGGCUCCAGACCCCCCCACGGAGAGAGACCAGUUGAACUUCAGUAUCAUCCCUUCUUUCAACAUGGAGGACAAUCGACGCUGAAGAAUGAGACGCAUUUCGUGUCAAAGUGAUCACGUAUCGUAUCGAUCUAUUUUUCUUCUAAAGUAAAGUUCUAAAGUUCUUCUAAACUAUUCCUGAUUCACCGCUGGGGCCUGGAACGCUAUCUCACCCCUCAACGAUUCACCCCCCGGGGGUUGAGUUAAACCUGGUCCGGGGGAGCACGCAGUAGACCGGUCCACUUUAUCUGUUAAUGCCAGUCCACUUUAGACAUUUAUUAACCAGACACGAUGCGGUUCACCGGACAGGCCAGCCGGUUUCACCAUUAAACUCUCCUCCGCUCGCAUUCCUGCUGCUCACACACACACACACACACACACACACACACACACACACACACACACACACACACACACACACACACACACACACACACACACACACACACACACACACACACACACACAAGGAAAGAUGGUCGUGAGAUUAAGAGAAGUAUGACUGGGAAGGUAGCACAGCGGUCCAGUUAAUAAUGACUGUGCUGCGUUAAGAACCAUCGGAUCUGGACUGUAUCUAAUGCUGGGAUAAUAAUAUGCAUUAUUUACCUUAUUCAUUAUGGCGACACAACUGGACUCACGGCUAAUACAUGGCCCUAUGCCUACUGUAGGCUGUGCUGUUCUAGGGUCUGCCAGGUCUAUCUGGGGGUCUAUUUGGUGGUCUUGGUCUAUCUGUUAGUCUGGGUCUAUCUGGGGCUCUGGGUCUAUCUUGGGCUCUGGGUCUAUCCGAACGGUUCAGUCUGUACCUAUCUCUGAGCUCCACCAACUCAGUCUUUUUUAUUUGUACGUUGAAGUUUUUACUUGAACUUAAUUAAUUAUAAACUUUAUAUUGUGUGCGAUGCCCAUGUGAGUCCACGCCUGUUGAACAUUGAUAUAGAAGACCUACGUUUAAUGAACCCCCCCCCCCCCUCACGGUAAACCUGCUCCUCGUAAGAACGGGACCCGGACGUUUAACGGCCUUUAACUCUAAACACCUCAUCAACAACUUGUUGAGGUCAUAAUAAACAUCGCUAAUGAUUUUCUAAUACAACUUCUGCGCAAACGGGCGCAUUAACUGGCUAAUUAUUAACGUGUGCUGAGCGCCAUGAGAAGCAACAACACGGAGCGAUUCAUGAGGACCACAGCGCCUCCCCAGACCCGCGGGUAUGGAACCCAUGCUGGGGAGCCGAGGUUCAAUCGAGACAUCAAAUCUCAGAUCUCAUCAUGAACGCUUUGGCCUCGUUAACGAAUGCACCGAAUAGUGAAUGAAUGGAUGAAUCGAAGAGUGAACGAACGGAUGAACCGAAGAGUGAACGAACGGAUGAACCGAAGAGUGAAUGAAUGAAAGAGUUCGGAUCCUUUGGCUGAACGGCCUCAUUAAACUGUCCUUCAAAGUAGGAUUAAUUAUAAGGCCUUUACAAGGCUGCCAAUAACAGGCUAUAGGCUACUAAUAAUAAUUAUAUUCAACUCUUUGAAACCAAAUAACAAUAAAAACAUACUAGCCUAUAGUACAAAUUAUAAUAAUGAUAAUAGGCCUAAUAGGCCUACUAAUAAUAUUUAUGAUUAUGAUCGUUAGUGUUAUUAUUGUUAGGUUAUUGUAGUGGGUUAUGUCGCUGCUAAAAGGGUUUAAAUCAGACCCAAAAGUCCUAGUUUUCAGUGUAUUUUCAACCUGACGUCUGUUUCGCACCAAGCCUUCAGACUCACCGGUCUAAACCAGUUCAUAAACUCUGACGCCGUCCUUAAAAUCAAACUGUUCUUUACGAAAACCGUCCCACUCCAGCUGAGAUGGGUACACGCAGAGUGGCGAAACUCUACAUAUUCACCGCCUCACCCUUUGAAGUCAGCUAGUUUAAGCCCUUUUAGGUCUACUUGUGGACUAUAUCAAACUAUCCACCCGAUCACCCUUUAAACAUAACAAACAGGGGUCUGAUGUCCCCGCUACAUUAGAGCAAUGACGAUUGACCAAUCAGAGAGCCGCUAUAGGAUCACCCCUGAUCCUAUAUUCAUACACAGAUUCAAUUAACUCUCCGCUACGGAGGCCGGGCCGUCCCACUUGCCUGGUUCACGACGCCGGUAAUAGUUUCUCCAAUAUUGUCUUUUCAUUUUCAAUAAUAAUAAUAAACCAAUUGUCUGAUGCUUUCAAUAGAAUUGCGCUCGUCUGAAGGGACAUGCACGCGCCUCGCCCCCGCGUGCUCCCGCUCAAACCACAUCAACCAAGCGCGGCAGGUACUCGAGGGGAGGGACUCAUUGGCAGGUGCGGCCGACCAAUCAGUGCGCGCCACUGGCUGCUCGCGCCCCGGCCGAGGAGAUGUGAACGCUCGAGGUUUGGACGCGUUUUGCUCACACUGCCGCACGUCUUGUCCGAGUGCGCGAGGCUCUCCCUGGAUGGAUCUGUAGGACUCGCGCAGGCAGGCACAGCGGUGACCACAUCGGACGAGCUCGAGCCAGCGCGUCAGACAGCCAGUCCGCCAAACCAAACACCACCCGCCGCCACUCGGUCCCCUUCGUCAUGGGUCUCUGAGAGGAGGGGGGGUCCACCUCCUGCAAUCCUGAAGCGGAAGUAAGACCCACGCGCUUUCCGCGCUUUUCCAACUGGAGCUCUCGAGGCUGCGUCCCGGAGCGCACGAGCGCACCAUGUUUUCUUCAGCGGCGGGAAAACGCUGCUUCACCAUCGAGUCCCUGGUGGCCAAGGAGAGCCCCGCGUCCCCGGAGGAGCCCGUCCGCCCCACGGCCCUCAGCUACUCGCACCACGGCGCCGCCCCGGAGGCCUUCAUGAACGGGUACCAGGCGCCGCAGGGCCGGUCCCUGUACCCGAACCCGGAGCUCGUUUUCCCGGAGUCGGUGAACCACCACCACGCGCUGAGUAUGGCGCCCCAUGGCCACCACUCACUGGGGGGGGCGGCCCACCUGCAGCACCCCGCUGCCACGCACUUCUUCGGGUCCCAGCACCGGGACCCGCUCAACUUCUACCCCUGGGUGCUCCGGAAUCGGUUCUUCGGCCACCGGUUUCAAGGGAACGAGGUGUCCCAGGAUGGCCUGCUCCUGCACGGGCCCUUCGCCCGGAAACCCAAGCGUAUCCGCACGGCUUUCUCGCCCUCGCAGCUGCUGCGGCUGGAGCGGGCCUUCGAGAAGAACCACUACGUAGUCGGCGCCGAGCGGAAGCAGCUGGCCCACGGCCUCAGCCUGUCCGAGACCCAGGUGAAGGUGUGGUUCCAGAACCGGAGGACGAAGUACAAGCGGCAGAAGCUGGAGGAAGAGGGCCCGGAGAUGCAGCAGAGGAAGAAGGGGAACCACCACAUCAACCGCUGGCGCCUGGCCACCAAGCAGGCCAGCUCAGAGGACAUAGACGUCACCUCCGAGGACUGACGCGCCUCCUCACACACACACACACACACACACACACACACACUAACA